AUGCUUACUGGAAUAGUUAUUUUGACCAAGGAAGGCAUGACUUUUAGUUGUCCUUCUGAUGAUCUUUUAGAUCGCUGUGGUGUAGGCGUCCAUAACAAGGAAGACAUGACUUUUAGUUGUCCUUCUGAUGAUCUUUUAGAUCGUUAUGGUUGA